AUGUGCAAAGCGUCGCCGGAGACAUGCCAUCGCUCGAGGGUCCUGCAGCAGCUGGAGACCUGGGUGCAAUUCCCAGCCCAUGCUCAGCUUCUUUUUGUACAGAAGCUGGCCCUGGAGCUCUCGGAGCAGUUGGACGUGGCAGGUGCGGCGCGGACACCGAUCGCAACGAGCAUCAACAGCCGUCAGCAUUCCCGCAUGCUGCCUCGGUGUACGUUGCCACGGCACAUGGCGAGCACUGUUCUCAGAGCUUACGGUGCACUUGCUUUUGUGGUCUGCUGGCCUGGAGCUUUGCAGCUUUGGUUUGCCAAAGCCAUUGCUGAAGGCUGA